GCAUCAUACCGGCCGCGGAAAAAGUUUCUACGUACGCUGUUAUCAACAUUCGAGAUAUUUCUCAGAGAAAACAAGAUGGAGUAAUUGUAUAGCUACAAUUUUUACCUAAGAAAGGCGAGUGCCUUGCACUUGAUAAAGACAAAGAAUAAAACAUGGCGUUUCAAAAUGGACUUCAAAAUACCUUAGCUUUCUUCUACAAUAAUGAGCAGAACAAAAAUUUACAUAAUGAUGGAAAACAAAGAAAUCAAUCUGUCAAAUGGCAGCAAUGCCUUUGAUAAUUUAUUAUUUAAUGGUGCUGGAUUCUUCGAAAAUCUCACUGACAAGAAUGCGGACCAAGAAAUCCCAAAUGAUUUUUCAUUUGAAGGAUUUGAUACACCUAAUUGGUUUAUGGAAAAUGACAACUCAAAACUUGUUGAUAUUGACUACCUUUCAUCCAUAAACGAAACAUACUCAUUAGAUGACUUACUUGAUGCUGAUGCAUUGAUGUCUCCAGAAGGUAGUAAUUUCUCAUCAGAAUUUAUGGAAACCCCACUUGGUUCCCCAAUGUCUUCGAGCGACGAAACUUCAUACGAUUUGAACGACUUGUUUCUGCCAGCCGCGCCUGACGCUGUGUUGAAAAACAACCAAGUUAUUGAGAAGCCAUCCCCAUUAUCUGAACACACUUAUGCGGCAUCUAAUCUUCCGUUGGUCGAUUUCACAGUGGCAGUUGGUAAUGCUGAAAUAGAAUCUGAUUCAUGUGGCGAAUCAUUAUCCGGAUCCGAUGAUAUGUUGGCCCAUUUUUUAAACGGGCAAUUUGAUCUUAUCACUUCAUCAUUGGAAGCACCUGUUGCCAAUACCACUGUUGAUAUCACUGCUAUUUUAGAUCCCUUAAGCGUGAACAGUCCAUUAGAAGUCAAAGAUGUGCCCAGCAAGACAAAUUCCACGCGGUUUUCUCCUUACAAAAAGAAAAGGAAAACCACUGAGCAGAAGCAACGGAAGAAAAUGCAGAAUCGUAAUGCAGCUUCGAAGUAUCGUUGCCGAAAGAAGGAUGAAAUGAACGAAAUGUUUACGGAGGCUGAAGAGUUGGAAGGUAAGAAUCGAGAACUGAAGGGGAAAGUGGAUGGGCUGAAAAAAGAGAUAGAUUACCUAAAAAAUUUGAUGUUGGACGUCAUAAAGGUACGACUUGCAAAAAAUAACACAAGUCUAGAUGAUGUAUUGAGUAAGACUUUGAUGAGUGUAUCGUAAUGAAGAGUUGUAUAUUAAUAAGUUUUGAAUUAUUUUUUUUCCUAUUUGUACAUAGCAUUAAACUUGUUCAGUGAGUUUUUCAUUAGGUCAGCUGAGUUUUCUUUUCAGGAGUGUAAAAGCAUUUAAAUAAAAUAUAGUCUGGGCAAAACCUU